UGCCGCUGAGUCGCGUAGCGGGAGUAGGUACUUUUGGUGGAGGAACACAAAGCUAGGCUGAGGUAACGGCCCUAAGGUGGGACCUGGGUAAGGAGAAGGCCCCGGGGACCAAAAGGCCGUGGCGCCUGGGCCCAGUGACCCGGCAUGUGGGAGCUCUUCAUGGGAGAAUCAGCCUGUUCUCGUCCUUUCUGCUUAAUGCUGAAAGGGCCUUUCGCGGAGUUCUGGUGUGGAAACUGAGGCCUGGGAGGGACGGUGUCUGAACACAAGGCCCGGUAGCGCCAAAGCCCUGUUUGGAACCCGGAGUAAUGGAGCCCGCAGAUCCAGAAUCUCGUGAUCGACGGAGGCGGUAGCGGCACGGCCAGGGAGACGUGAUUCCUUAAGGAUCAAGGCCGAGGCUGGAGCUGGUGCUCUGGCAACAGGGUGAUACCAGAAAUGAAGCCAACUGGUACAGACCCAAGGAUAUUAUCUCUAGCUGCUGAAGUUGCAAAAAGUCCUGAGCAGAAUGUUCCUGUUAUACUGUUGCAGUUAAAAGAAAUAUUAAACAACAUACCCUUAGGAAGCUCAGAGUUGAAGAAAAUCAAACAAGAUAUAUAUUGUUAUGAUCUCAUUCAAUAUUGCCUCUUGGUACUCAGUCAAGAUUGUUCUCGAAUCCAGGGUGGUUGGACUACAGUUUCCCAGCUUACACAGAUAUUAAGCCAUUGCUGUGUGGGCUUGGAACCAGGAGAAGACGCAGAAGAAUUUUACAAUGAAUUACUUCCAUCAGCUGCAGAAAAUUUUCUGGUUUUGGGGAGGCGAUUACAGACAUGUUUCAUCAAUGCAGCUGAGGGUGAAGAAAAAGAUGAAUUGCUACACUUUUUCCAAAUUGUGGCUGAUUCUCUCUUCUGGCUAUUGGGAGGUCAUGUUCAACUAAUCCAGAAUGUACUACAAAGUGAUCAUUUCUUGCACUUACUACAAACUGACAAUGUUCAAAUAGGAUCUACAGUCAUGACUGUGCUACAGAACAUACUUCAGAUCAACAGUGGUGAUUUACUCAGAAUAGAAGGAAAAACCCUGCAUUCAAUUUUAGAUGAAGUUGUUUUCAAGCUUGUAUCAACUCCUAGUCCAGACAUAAGAAGUACUGCUACAAAGCUCCUGCUGUUGAUGGCUGAAUCCCAUCAGGAAAUUUUGAUUUUCCUGAGAUUAAGUGCCUGCUAUAAAGGACUCAGAAGUCUACUAAAUAAACAGGAAACUGGGUCAGAAUUUAGUCAAGAACUUAGACAACUCCUUGGCCUGUUAAAUCCUAAGGUCCAUCAGGAAGAAGAAGAGCAGAAACUACAGCAAGCAGCUUGCUUGAUUCAAGCUUAUUGGAAGGGUUUUCAGACUAGAAAGAGAAUAAAGAAGCUUCCGUCUGCUGUGAUUGCUUUGCAGAGGGCUUUCAGAAGUAAACGAACAAAGAGAUUGCUGAAGCUAAGUAGGCAUAAAGAGGAAGAGGACCACAGAUUACAAUUACAACUUCAAAGACAGAGAGCCAUGAGACUUUCCCGAGAAUUACGUCUGAGUAUGCUUGAAAUAGUUCAUCCAGGUCAGGUGGAAAAGCACAAUCGGGAAAUGGAAGAGAAAUCAGCAUUGAUUAUCCAGAAACAUUGGAGAGGGUACAGGGAAAGGAAAAAUUUUCACAAACAGAAGUCAUCUCUCACAGAAUAUAAAGCAGCUGUCACACUUCAGAGAGCAGCUCUUAAAUUCUUAGCCAAAUGCCAUAAGAAAAAGAAACAAUUUGCUCCUUGGCAAGGCCUCCAAGGACUCACUGAUGCGCGCAGAGUUGAACUGAAGCAACAAGUGGAUGACUAUGUCAGAAGACAUCCAGUCUCUCAGAUGUCAGAUGCUGCCAGCAGGGAGCUCCAUGCCCAGGCCCAAGAACAAUUGCAACACUACUUUAUGAGCAGGGCUCUAGAAGAGAGAGCCGAGCAACACAGGGAGGCUUUGAUGGCUCAGAUCAGCACCAACAUUGAGCAGUUAAUAAGAGCACCAAGUCUGAAGGAGGCAGAGGGGAAAGAACCUGAGCUCUUUAUUAGUAGAUCUAGGCCUGUGGCUGCCAAGGCCAAGCAGGUCCAUGUCACCACUCUGAAGCACAUGCAAGCACCCUGGUGGAAGAAACUUGGGGAAGAACCAGGGGUUGAGAUUGAUGUCCCACAGGAUGAACUUAGUAUAGAAUUGGGAACUUUAUUUAUUGGUGGAACCAAACCCCCUUAGGCAAAUAUACUGAGAACCGACAUGAGUCCUGUAUAGAUUGUAAGAUUAUAUGGUUCUACCUCUGGCAUGCUAAUAGACUAGAGCUAUCGUAACUCUUGGUUUUCUAAAGCCUCUCUUUCUCUCUCUCUCACUUUUUUCUCUCUCUCUCCCUCUCUCCACAUGCACACACACUCACAUACACACAUGAUCUCUGGUCAGACACAAAUUUAUGAGGUUUGAAUGUGAAGUUAAAUUCAGCAUGGCAUUUUACUAUUUACAUGAAAUGUGAGGUUUCUUUUGUUUCUGCUGUUUUCUAAUGGUUUUUUGAAAUAAAUGUUUUCAACAGUUCUAAAAGACUUAUUAGCAUUACUUCAACUUUUCAUUUUUUUUUAUUUAGAAUUUCUGUUUUUUAAUAAUAUAGGAAUUGUGCUAUUGGCCAUUAUUAAGGUGAGGAAAAGAAAUGGUCAACUGAAGGACAUUGACUAUUUUCUACAAGAGUAGUUGAACUUGUUUUCUUUUUUUGUUGUGUCUACAAUGAACUACAUAGACAAAUAAAAAAAUCCUAAAAUUCAAAAUUCAAUACACAAUUUCUCCAGAUAAAAUUGCAUUCUUUUUAUUAAACUAUGAAAACUAUAUACACACUGUUUCCCUUUGUAUCUUAUCUCCUAAGAAUCUCAGCAAAAUAUAAUGUUUAAUUUAUGUUAUGAUCCUAGAUACCUCUGAAUAUUUGGUUCCAGCCUUUUAAUUUCUGAUUUCUCUGUUUAUCUUUAAUUGUUUUAAACUCUAGAAAUAACCUCAAUUUGUGUUUGAAACUAUGGAAUUUAAGUUAAAACCAAGUAAUAAAUCAUAGAAACCAUAACAUAAGGAAACUUCAGGGAGUUUUGUGUGUGUGUGUGUGUGUGUGUGUGUGUGUGUGUGUUUUCAUAAAUGAACAUCAUUACCAGUAUUUCUGGCUGGGAAGACCAAAUAGUAUAAUGUC